AUGGAAGAUAUCAACCAAUCGAUACCAAAGCCCAAGACCGUGUUUGUAAAAGGGAAGAACACCAAGCGUCGGCCGGUGAUCAUGCGACGCAAAUCAUCGCAAACAUCUUCCAGUACAAGUACCCGUACCCAAAGCCCACAACGGACUUCGAAACUACUAACCCUGGGAGCUCGGACAAAACCAUCCAAGCAGGAAGAUUCCAGUGAUUCUGAAGCUGAGGCAGUGCACAUAGAGCAUGUCGUACCUCGUGAGAAAAGUAGUGAUACGACCGACAAGCCACCCGAGCUGCCACCAGAGUUUCUACGCAGCCUGAAAGAAAUCCUCACCAAUGAAGAACCAGUCCCGCAGAAUAGCAAAUCGACUCCUCCAAAAUGGGGCUUUGUUACCACGGACGAUUGGACCCACUACGAUGUAAGAUAUCUAUCGGCGGAGAACUAUGAACAGCCGUCAUCAGAGUCGCUGGUUGAUAAGGGCUUUCGUUCCCGCUUCACGGAGCAAGUUGGCUUGGAGAAAGAGUACCUGGCCAAGUCCGUGGGAGCGAGCUCGAGAGACGGACUACUGCAGUUUCUUCAAUCUAGAUCUUUCGAAAUCAAGGCCAGUGAUGCAUCUCAUGCCCCGCCGGACUCGACUGUAGAUACAUCCGCCACGAGCACCGGCAUCCCCAUCCCGACACCAAACACUGAUAGCUCUACAACCUUGUCUACUAACAGCCCUAGUCGGGCGACUUUUGGAGGCUUCCCAACUCUAUUAACACCCUUCUCAUUGACGCGCGGACGCAGUCAGCUUAGUCUGCUCAUUGAAGAGCAUCGAAAAAGCCAACCUGCAGAAAGUAACCCAGUGGGCAGUGACGAACAGGAGUGA